AUGUCAGGUGAUCCUACACCAAAUUCUCCCUUCUCCCAGCUUGGUGAUAAAACUGAGAAUGAAUUAUCAUCAACCCUCAGCAACCUCGGAAUUCAAACCUCCAUCCAAGAUCCCAGUGCCAUCACUUGUUUAGCCCACCUCAAGUUCAUCCAUGCCAUCGCAAAACUCAAAGAGUCCAUCGGCUACACGGAUGGAUUAUUCGGAAUCUGGGACAGCCGAGCUCGCUACAAUCGCUUCAAGGCCAAAAACGGUACUGCCGAGUUUGGGGCCGUUACCUCAAACUAUCUAUUCGAUCAGUUAUCCCAUCAAGGGCCGGGCUUUAGUAUUGUUACCGACAACGGUAAGAGCCUUGCACUGAGCAAACUUCGUGAGAAGCGAUGGGCCAUCUACGUCGCUCGCGCCGUUGAUAGGUAUGAAGCUUGGUGGUCAUCCAUGUUUCAGCUGUCAUUGAAGACAAGUCAAUUGUCUGAGGCUCUUUCCCCGGCACACGAAGCGUUUCCCGUUGCGGGCGAUGUUCUUGACUGGAACAACAUGGUUCUCCCACCACUUGACGUUCUCAUGGUUCUGCAUACACAUAUGCUCAACCCCAGGCUGUUCCUAGAAGACUGCAUGCGUUACGGCGCCCGAGAGUUCUGGGCAGCUGGCAUGCCGUGGGAAAGGAUCAACGCCGCAAUCGAUAAAAACUUCAACUAUAUCCAGUCUGAAGAGAGAAAAUCCAUCUGGAGUGCCAUGUGUACUCGAAAUUGGGACAAUACCCAAGACACGAUGCACAAGUUGAUGGACUGCCCAUCUUGCCGAGCUUCCAAUGCCAUCCCGUGGACGACUUGCGGGGAGGAUGGGGCGCCAACUGACAAUGACCGAGACGGGCUUGUCGGUAUAGGCUAUGCUGACGGAAACUUUUCUUUUGACUGCACGGUCUGCGGCAUCAACAUCAACCAUAAUGUCCUGUGCGUGGAUCGGUUCCUAAAGGAUUGCGCCCACCUUCUCGAGAGCGACUGUCCAAUUCGGGGAACCAUUCUCGACAUUGAGACUGGAUGCCCUCAGAAAGCACAACCCGAAGAGGACGACACUCCAAAUCCUCGCGUGCUAGCAAAUGACGCAUUGAAAGCCGGCCUCGGGAAACAACUCCUCCAGCUAUCUGGAAGCUCUUCAUCUCCACUGGACAUGGAAACAAUCCAAACCCUGAUCCAAGAUGACGAAGCCCAUCGAAAAGAGAGCAUCCAAAAGAAGAAGUUGCGUUUUAGGGAACAAGUGAGACUUCAGGAGCUCUACGAAAAGUCUUCCCUAGGCUGCCGAAUAAUACUUUUCAAGUAUCAAAAUAAUUCCAGCCCCUUUGGUAUCGCGUUGGAAGGGGCUGUUCUACGGCAGGGCAUUUUUAUCGACGACAUGACACGGCUGGACUGGAUCCACCAACUAUCGAACACAAGCAUUAUGGACAAGCUUCUCACCAAGUACAAUCGUUUCUUUGACAUGGUUAAAGAAAACCCAGAGCACCUUGCAGUACCGACUCUUGAUAUCGACUUGGCAUGGCAUACCCAUCUACUCAGCCCUUUCGCCUAUUAUCGAUAUUCAUAUCAGGUGACUGAGAAGCUGAUUGAUCACGCCGACAAAAUCGACGAGGUCAGGUUUUGUAGAGGGUUUGAGUGGUCAAACAAGGAGUACCAGAGAAAGUAUGGGGAGGUUUAUACUGAAUGCUCCUGCUGGUAUUGUGAGACUCUCCGAACAAUGUUGACACCGAGCCUCGAGAAACUAUACCGAAUUAUGGGCUUGCCAACUGUUCACUGCGAAAUCGAUGACAAGUUUCACGAGUCAGGGCUUGCUAAAGCAUGCCCAGCCAACAGAUCCCCUCACAUAUCUUCACACAACUCGGUCAAGAUACAAGCACCAACCGAAAAAGACUGGCGAUGGAAAUAUAAUUACGAAUGGGCACGCGAUAACCGUACUAAUCGUCUCAACAAGGGCUACGACAAGCUUUGUCGACGGGCCAAAAAGAAUGGUAGACCGGUUCCAUCUCGAAAAAUGCCCCGUAAUCAUUGGGGGCAUGUGGAUGACGGAGCUGUGCCGUACCGUUCGACAGAUUGCAUGACCGCUGAGCUGUACUCGAAGCAUUCCAAACCAUGCAGUAUAGAAGCGGAUGAUAUCUUGAAUGCUUUCUCAGAUCUUGGCGAUGCAUUGACUGCUGACGAGAGUCAUGGCGGGUUCGGAGAUUCCAGUGGCAGUGGUGACAGCGGCGGUGGUGAUGGAGGUGGCGGAGGUGGCGGAGGUGGCGGAGGAGGUGACUGA